CCAGGACCGGCUCGAGGAUCCAUCGCGGCUCUGCGCGGAGGUCCGCCUCCUCCGCCCUCCCCCUUCCCGCACGCAGCCUCCGCCUCCUUCCUCUGCCUCCACCCUCCACCCCCAUCCCAGUCUGACGGGAACUGGGCUCCGAGCCCUCAGUCCGCCCGAGCUCCGGAUGUGGGCGCCAGACCAGUGCGCGGCGCCCGCACCGAAGAUGGACAGCCGCUACACCAGCACUGCGGGCAUCGGGGACUUGAACCAGCUGAGCGCGGCCAUCCCGGCCACGCGGGUGGAGCUGUCGGUGUCCUGCAGAAAUCUUCUUGACCGAGACACAUUUUCUAAAUCUGAUCCAAUUUGUGUCUUAUAUACACAAGGAGUUGGAAAUAAAGAAUGGAGAGAGUUUGGAAGAACUGAAGUAAUUGAUAAUACUUUAAAUCCUGAUUUUGUAAGAAAAUUUAUUCUGGACUACUUUUUUGAAGAAAGAGAGAAUCUUCGCUUUGACUUGUAUGAUGUUGAUUCAAAGAGCCCCAACUUGUCUAAACAUGACUUUCUGGGACAAGUGUUUUGUACAUUGGGGGAGAUUGUUGGUUCACAGGGAAGUCGCCUGGAAAAACCGAUAGUAGGAAUUCCAGGAAAGAAAUGUGGUACGAUCAUACUUACAGCAGAGGAAUUAAACUGUUGUAGGGAUGCUGUUCUGAUGCAAUUUUGUGCAAACAAAUUGGAUAAGAAGGACUUCUUUGGAAAAUCGGAUCCUUUUCUCGUAUUUUAUCGAAGUAAUGAAGAUGGCAGUUUUACAAUUUGUCAUAAAACAGAAGUUGUCAAAAACACUCUAAAUCCUGUAUGGCAAGCAUUCAAGAUCUCGGUCAGAGCACUGUGUAAUGGAGAUUAUGACAGAACAAUCAAAGUAGAGGUGUAUGACUGGGAUCGAGAUGGAAGUCAUGAUUUUAUUGGAGAAUUUACAACAAGCUACAGGGAACUGUCCAGAGGUCAAUCACAAUUCAAUGUAUAUGAGGUGGUGAAUCCAAAAAAGAAAGGAAAAAAGAAAAAAUAUACUAAUUCUGGAACAGUAACUUUACUCUCUUUCUUGGUAGAAACAGAAGUUUCAUUCCUUGACUACAUUAAAGGAGGAACACAAAUCAACUUCACAGUGGCUAUUGAUUUUACAGCAUCAAAUGGCAAUCCUGCUCAGCCCACUUCUCUCCACUACAUGAAUCCUUACCAACUGAACGCCUAUGGCAUGGCACUAAAAGCAGUGGGGGAAAUUGUCCAAGAUUAUGACAGUGAUAAGAUGUUCCCAGCUCUAGGUUUUGGUGCAAAACUGCCUCCAGAUGGAAGGAUAUCUCAUGAAUUUGCUUUGAACGGGAACCCUCAAAACCCCUACUGUGAUGGCAUCGAGGGGGUCAUGGAAGCUUAUUACAGGAGUCUGAAAUCUGUACAACUGUAUGGGCCAACCAACUUUGCUCCUGUAAUUAAUCACGUAGCAAGGUAUGCUUCCUCCGUGAAGGAUGGCUCCCAGUAUUUUGUGCUCCUGAUUGUCACAGACGGCGUUAUCUCAGACAUGGCUCAAACGAAGGAGUCCAUAGUAAAUGCCUCAAAACUUCCAAUGUCAAUAAUUAUAGUAGGUGUUGGACCAGCAGAAUUUGAUGCAAUGGUCGAAUUGGAUGGAGAUGACGUAAGAGUCUCCUCCAGAGGAAAAUAUGCUGAAAGGGACAUUGUGCAGUUUGUGCCAUUCAGGGAUUAUAUUGACAGAAGCGGAAACCACAUACUGAGUAUGGCUAGAUUGGCUAAAGACGUCCUGGCUGAAAUCCCCGAGCAGUUUCUCUCCUAUAUGAGGGCCCGAGGAAUCAAGCCAUCGCCAGCACCUCCCCCGUACACCCCACCCACCCACGUGUUACAGACUCAGAUAUGACCAUGCCGCUCAAGGCCCCCGGUAACUCCAUGCCAGUGGGAACUGCUGAGUUCAUGCUUUGCUCCUGGUGCUCUGUAAUGAACCAGGGAAUUAAGAUCCUUUUCUCAGUCUGGUUUGAGCAGUCCUGGUUAACGUGCUUUCUUGGAUCCAAAAUGAAUUCUCUUCCUAAAACCAAAACUGUAAAUAUGGUUGUUGCAUGAGCAACAGAAAAAAAAAAUUGUUUAAAUGCUUGAAGAAAAGUAUGGAUGUCUUCUCUGAAUCUUUCAGUUUUUCUUUCGACAGAAACAGCUAAUUUCCAAUGUCUUGGGAAAAAGCACAAACCAUGUUUUUAACUCAAAUAGCGUCUUCGACUGCUCUACAUCCAGGAAAGCAGUCUCUCUGUAUCAAUGUUUACAUGUUACUACUUUUUAAAUUUCAAUACUUUUAUAACUGUUCUUAAGAAUCAGAGUUUUGAAUAUUGAAUCCUUUGUCUUCUAAAUUGCAAUAGCUAUAAUCACAAGAGCAAUAUCUCUUUGAAUGACUGUCUGGACAAAUGCAAUUGCAAAUAACGGAAGGGGAAAAUGCUUUCCUAUUCUCUGGGUAACUGGAUUGUCUUAAGAAGCCACAUCUGCUUAGCACUUGGUUUCUCUGCGUUGUUUGCCGAGCCUGGGAGUUUAAGCUUGGCAGAUGUGUAUCCUGUACAAACAUGCAUUUUUCAUGGAGUUUGGGUUCUAAAUUUAGAUGGCAGUCAGUUUGCAUUUUGUAGAGCUAAGUAGAAAUUAUAAAAAGUCAAACAUUGUGAACUCUAAAUGCACACAAUACUUUGUGUACAAAGUAGCAUCCUUAUAUUAUAAUGUUAUUUAGAAAGACUAAAACCAAGAAUAUUUAACUGUGAACCAUGUAGCAGACAUUUUCAACUUUUUAUUCCAUUAUACCUUGUCUAGAUAUUUUAAUUCAAAGGGAUACUGGCUCUCUUGAUUGGGAUUCCUGUUAUCACUGUCCCAUGUUGCCGUGCAGGGUGCACAGGCUGGAAGUCUUUUGUCAAAUUCCCAGUUAAUAUAUACAAUCAUGUGACUUAGUGCACAACACAUUUGUGAAAUAAACUAUUCCUAUCUACUGACCUGCCUGUUCACAAUUAACUGUAAAGAGUUUUGCAUGUACAGUUUUUACAAGAAUUACAGUUUUGUGAAGUUGUGUCAAAAUUAAAGCAUUUCUUUAGAACAAAUGGCCUUAAAUUCUCACAGAAUUCCUGGAAAUGAUUGUGAAUUGCCUUCAAAUAAUAGAAAAGUGUAUUUAUUUUUGUGUCUGUAUGUCAGCAGUGUGACUGCUUUAUAAUAUUUUUUCCUUACCGAUACCCUAUUUACUACUUGGUUCAUUUCUACUCUGUUGUUUGUUGUUGUUUUUGUUCCAAGUUAACCUAGGAUGACUUUUAUAAGCAUGAACCUAUUUUACUAAAAAGAAAAAUAUAUACAUUCACACAUCUAACAGUAUCAAUGUUACAUAACUCUGUAAUACUAAAUUGUCCAUUUUUAAGUAUGUAUUAAAAUCUUUAAA